GCCGCUGUGCUGGCAGAGCGGCGAGCGAGGCGGGGAUGGCGGCGCGGCUCGCUUUGCGCGGGGGACCCGGGGCUGCCGGUCAGCGCCCAUGGCUGCUGCUGGCGCCGCUGCUGCUGGUCCCGCUGCUGGCGCGGCCCGCCGAGGCCCUGGUGGAAGGGCUGUACUGCGGCACGCGCGACUGCUACGAGGUGCUGGGCGUGAGCCGCUCGGCCAGCAAGGCGGAGAUCGCGCGGGCCUACCGCCAGCUGGCCCGGCGCUACCACCCAGAUCGCUACCGGCCGGAGCCCGGGGACGGCCCCGGGGGCGCACCGCCGAGCGCCGAGGCUUUCCUGCUAGUGGCGACCGCCUACGAGACUCUCAAGUAUUUCAGCUGGUGGAAUAGCUACAAUAAAGCAAUCAGCUACUUAGCCACAGUGCCCAAGUACCGCAUCCAGGCAACAGAAAUCGCCAAGGAGCAGGGACUGCUCAAAAAAGCCAAAGAAAAAGGGAAAAACAAGAAGUCCAAAGAAGAAAUCCGUGACGAGGAGGAGAACAUCAUAAAGAACAUUAUAAAAAGUAAAAUAGACAUAAAGGGGGGCUACCAGAAACCCCAAGUUCGGGACCUCCUCUUGUUUCAGGUCAUCCUCGCCCCGGUUCAUCUGUGCUCUUACAUAGCCUGGUAUUGUAGGUGGAUCUAUAACUUUAACAUCAAAGGCAAAGAGUACGGGGAGGAAGAGAGACUUUACAUCAUCCGUAAGUCCAUGAAGAUGUCCCAGUCUCAGUUUGACAGCCUAGAGGACCAUCAGAAAGAAAUGUUUCUCAAGCGGGAGCUUUGGAUAAAGGAGAAUUACGAGGUCUACAAGCAGGAACAAGAGGAAGAAUUAAAGAAAAAAUUGGCAAAUGACCCUCGGUGGAAGCGCUACCGCAGGUGGAUGAAGAAUGAAGGGCCUGGACGGCUGACCUUUGUGGACGACUGAAGACGCUGAGGUGCUGCUGUGCCACACUCUAAUUGUGACAUCACUUGCAGAGCAGUUGUUUGGGAAACACGCCUGCUGCUCUCAGCAGUAGCUAACGUUCACAACAUAUGAUUAAACAGAAUAAUGUAGAAAUUUCUACUUUCCCUUAAAACUUUAUACAGAAGACAUUUAUGAUGGUUCAAUUUUUAUAAUCUAUUUGUGGAUUUUGUUUAAAAAGAUUUGACAUGGGGACUUAUUAGUUGCCAUUUAAAAUUUUUAUAUGUUUAGUUAAAUUUGACAUGAAAUUUAUUAGAUACCAUUUAAAACUUCUGUGUGAAGUGUUUCUUCUUCAAGAGUGUUGCUUAUGUUCUCAUAGUGCUAGAUUUUCCUCCUUUCCUGGUCUCUAGUUUUACAAAACAACAGCAGAAUAAUGACAACAGCACUUGAUCAGAUUAUUGUGUCUUUCUGGACACAGUUUCUCCAGGAGAACCAUUCAGUAGCAUACUGUCCUUACUGUAGUCCUUACAGGUUUGAGCCUAGUCAAUGUAUUCUCUAGGAGAGCAUUCUAGAACCUCUGCACUUCCUGCCCUGUGAUUCUACUCUUGAUAAGAUCAGAAACUCUCCAGGAGAGUGGGUUACAUCAUGUCCUUGUGGGAUGUUUCCAAUUACGGUCUCAUUAUAGGACUAACUGGUCUCUCAGACAUUUCUGCAGAGGGGACCUCGUGGAAAGGUCUUUUAUAACACCACUUGCUGCUUCUCUCCCUCCCUCCCUUCUUCCCUCCAUCGCUCCCUCCGAGCACUUGUGUGCUUAAACUGUAAUGCACAUGAGGGCCUUAUGUGCAUUUGAGCUAGAAGGAAGUCAGGCAGUGCUAUGCUGCCGUCACCCUCUAGGGGAUAAGUGUGUCUUUAUACUUACGGAAGUGAAUGUAAAUGGCAGAAUGGCUGAGUCAAACCUGGUACUCUACCAAAAUACCGUAUACACUCAAAUACAGAGCUCCGUUGAAGAUCUACCCUACGGCUUCAUUUUAAUAAAAUGGGGUGCAUCAUGCUGCCUGGUGUUCUAUGUAACAAUUAACAUAUUGCUUUGGUAGCAUAUACUUUUAAAAUAUUAGUGUAGCAUAGUAGGUAUGAAGGAUUUAUUUCUAGGUGAAGUACAUUGAUCCUUUUGAAAGCUCAGCCCAGAAACUGGGUAGCUUGGUUGAUAAAUUGCUUCCUUGCAGACAGUGGGGACUGACUUUGUACCCCUCCCCACACACAUACCAUUUCAUGUAAAAUAUGCCAGGCAAUGGUGGCCUGCUCAUACUGAACCUGUCUCAGAAAACAAGGUGGAGAGCACCUGAAAAUGACAACCAAUCCUGUCUUCUGGUCCCCACAUACACCCACACACUUGUGUAUAUGCCCAUACACACACACACACACACACACACACACACGCACACACACAUACACACAAAGCUCAGUCCAGAUUACAUGCAUGAGUCUACCCUUGCCAAUUAGCAAAAAGACUUAAGGUCAGUUAUUCUAAUGAGGUUGAAUAAUUUCAGUGGAUAAUUACAAGAAUAGAAUUUGACCAGGCUGUCAGUAGGACUCUUUGUAGCUCUGCGCUUCUGAAAUGCUAUAAUUUUUAGAGUUCUGUAAACUGUAGUUGGAAAUGUUUGUGUGCUUGUUAUUCUUUAGGGUUGUGGAGAAUCAGUGUUAGCACUUGUCGCUCAUUAUUAUCUAAGAACAAAUUUAUGCCAUAAGGAACAGAAAGAAAUACCGGUACUAGUGUAUUUCACCAUUUUCCAAACAUCUUUGAUUACCUGUAUUUUUCUGGUACUCUGACAAACAAAAUGGCAGGAAGCAGUAGAGCGAGGAAAGGACUUCUGUGGCUUACAGUUGCAAGUUACAGUCCGUCAUUCUGGUGGAAGGCUAAAGCUCAAACACCUCGUACCAGCAUACCCACAAGAGUAAGGAAAGAGUGCACGUAUCUUUGCCUCUCAUGUUGUUCAGCGUUCCUUGCUAGGGAAUGGGGCUGCUGGCUAGGGCUUCCUACAUCAAUUAUCAAGGUGAUCCCCCAGACAUACCCACAGGCCAACCUCAGUGAUGUUCUGUUCACAGUUAAGUCGAAGUCAUCAAUCAGGUUGACAGUAAAGACUGACUAACACACCUCUUCAUAAGGAGAAGAGAGAAUCAGCCAGUGAAGACUCUGUCUAUCUUUGGGUAUUCUCUUGUCUGUAUUUUGUUUUUGUUUUUGUUUUGUUUUGAGACAGGGUUUCUCUGUGUAGCCCUGGCU